AUGGUCAGCCUCGACAGGGUCAAAAAGAAACUCUUGAGAAAUGCUGCCUUUGGAAACUUUUUUGGGGUUCUGGCCCUGUUCCAGUCAGGCCGUCUUGUAAAGGACCAGGAGACCCUCCUGCAUUGUGUCCAGCUUCUGCAGAGCCUGUCACAGCGCCCGGAGUUCCUCCGAACUCUGCCUAGGAAAGCUCUUGUUGACAUCCUCUCGGAGACCCCUCAGGCUGUGUUUGAGGAGGUCCUGUUCAGCACUUUACAGGCUGACCUCACUUCAGCCUUCAGUUCCCCGGAGCAGCUGCACCUCUUGCUUGUGGCCAUACAGAAGUUCCCUGAGGUUCUUCAGCCCAAGAAACUGAAGAAACUGCUGGGCUCGUCCACCCUCGUAACCCCGGAAAACAUUCCCAAGCUUGUAGCAGUUCUGGGGACUGCUGCCAAAUCUGAGAAGAAGGACAAGAAUCUGCCAAGCGUGGGGCUGGAUCUGCUGCGUGUUUCUCUGAAGGAAGGUGCCUUUGACCUGUUCUGGAAAGAAGCUGUGGAGAAUGGGUUGCUUAAGGAAAAAUUGGGACCAAACAGUUACAUGUGCUACCGCUUGCUGGGCAGUGCUCUCCCGCUCUUGUCUCUGGACCAGCUACAGAUGGUUCUCCGAGGAGAAGUGAUGCAGAGCUAUGGUGACCAUGUGCUGUCGGCUCAGCUUCCGGACCGGUUUAGGUUUGCUCCAGAGAUGGAAGCCUAUGUUGACGCAUUCUUCCAGGACUGUGAUGACCCAGAGAAGCAGUUUGCAGUGAUGGUUGGUUUCUCUGCCCUUACCAAUCAAGGCUGCCCAGUGGUCCAGAGCUUUUGGAAGGUGGUAAAAUACCUGCAGCCCGUGGCAUUGCUGAAAUACUUCGACUGGCUCAAGAACAUGUUCCUCAAGCCAGACUUCAGCUGCUGUUUAGAUUUCAUGACUAGCCGGCAAAAGCAGAACCAGGAGGUCGUAAACCUAACUGAGCACCGUGUGGUCUGCCUAAGAAAGUGGAUUAUCCACCGACUCAUAGGCCUCCUCGAUAGUCAAGUAAAAAAGGAAGAGGAUUUUGUGAUGGACGUUGCCAGAUUUUGCUUCUUCCAUGCUUUCUUCGUGACCAAGAAACCAACCUCUGAAAUACCUGAGACAGAAUCCAUCCCAUCACCCUCCCUGCUUGAACGAUCUCGCUCAGUGGCUGCAAACUUAUUUUUCAGCUUGCUUCAGAGUUUAAACUCUAUGCCUGUCUUGGGGGACACAGCAGAAGCUGCAGCUCUGAGGGAGCGACACGUUCAUGGUGUGACUGUAGAUGGCAAACUCUGGAUCUCUCAUAUUGUGCAGUAUGCCAAUGUCCUGCUGUCCCAUGAAAAGGACGUAAAGGCUGUGACUCCUUUUACCAAGGAACAGAAGGCUGCCUGGAACCGCAUGUUGCAGACUGUGGAGAACCUGCAGAAGAAAGAGAAGUCUCACGGUGCAGAAGUCUUUGCUUUCCAGCAGCUCCUGUUCUUAGUUGGCAUUUAUCUCUUUAAGACUCCCACAGAAACUAUGGAUCUUCUGAAUGACCUUCUGAGCUGCAUGGAGAGGGUGUUUGACAAGAAAUCCAAAAAGAAAAAGUGUGAUGAGGAGGAGCCAGAAUGGGUGGAGGUGAUAGUGGAAGUUCUCCUCUCCCUCCUGUCUCAGCCCAGCCUGCUCAUGCGCCGUGUCUCCAAAAGUGUGUUUGCACGCAUCUGUCCACACUUGUCCAAGAGGGCCCUGCAUCUAAUCCUCGACGUUCUUGAUCCAGAGCAAGAUCAGGAUGAAGAAAGUGCUGUUGUGGUGACUGAGGAAACAGGCAAGAAGAAACCUUUGCUGGAGGAUACGAAUAAAGAAGCAAGUGCAGAUUCUUCAGAUGAAGACAGUUCUGAGGAAGAGGAUGAAGAGGAAGAUAGUGGAGAUGAGGAGAAGACCAGUGAUGAAGUAGAUGAAAACUUCCGAAAGCAGCUGAUGAAUGUCCUACAAGCAGGAAAUGCUUUGGGAGGAGAUGAGAGUGAUGAGGAUGUGGAUGAUGAGACCAUGAUGGCCCUCGACGAGAACCUCUCGGCCCUCUUUGCUGAGCAGCAGAAGCGGGUCCAGGCCAAGAAGGAUGAGAGAGACAAGAUGCGGAAGGAGAAAAUCUUACGGAGGGAUUUUAAGAUUAAGGUGCUGGACCUCAUUGAGGUGUUCCUUACCAAACAGCCUGAGAACCCCCUGGUGUUCGAUACCAUCGAGCCUCUCCUCUUGGUGAUUGAGCAGACCAUGAGCAGUGAUUCUGACAAACAGGAGCAAGAUUUCCUCCGGAAAACAGCCAGUAUCUUCACGAACCACUUGUGUCGAGCCAAACAGUAUUGCAAGAGUGUGGGUGACAUGCAGGAGCACUUGCACACCCUGAUGGACAGCCUGCUGAAGAGAGCUUGCAAGCAUAGUGACUCCUCUGUGGCACUCUACUUCUUCAGUGCCUCUCUGUACCUAUUCAAGGUAUUGAAAGGAAAUGUGGCCAGUGAGGCAACACCUCUUUCAGCAACAAAAAAGAAGCUGAAGCGCGCAGAAGGGCCCUGUGACCAAACAGACCAGCCUUCUGGCACAGGCCUUCUGGACCUGGGGAGGGUGACUGUGAUGUAUCAGGAGGCACUGAGUGGAUUCUUGACAAAGCGCAACUGUGCCCUCACAGGCUCCAUGUUUCUUGAUCUCUUCAACCGUUUCCCGAUCAUGUGUAAGCCAUUAAUAGACACCAUCAUUGAGUCUGUCACCGCAGGAGCCAGGCAACAUCAGCAGGCACAGGCGUGCAUACUCCUCCAGAAGGCUCUGCAGACUCGGGAACUGAAGGAAGCCAUGGCAGAGGAGGAAUGGGAAGAGCUGAUCAGAAAGAGCAUCAGUCAGGUCACAGAGAGCUUGAUGGCAGUCGGCGAGUUCAAGAUGAAAGUGGACCAAGAGAAAGUCAUCAAGUGUUUGGAGCUGUUGAAUUUCCUCCUCAAAACUGCCAGCCAGCAGACGCUGCACGUGGAGCUGACAGAGGUGCCUGGGGCACUGCAAGCUCUAAGCCAGCAGGAAGGGUUUGGGAAGUCUGUGCGCCUUGACAGUAUCUACUGGAACGUCAUGAAGCUGCUGGGAUUUACGCGACCCAAACGAAAGAAAGCAGCACCCCAGUCCAAGCAGCCCCCAGGAGUGGAGCCCCUCAAGCGGAAGAAGAAAGGCUUUCUGCCGGCCACCAAGAAACGCAAGAACCGCAAACAGGCCCUGGAGCAGCCCCAAGAGAACGAGGGGAUGGAGACAAAUGUUGAGGUCGCUGCAGAGGGCACUGAGGCUCCAGCCAUGGGGAGAAAGAAGAAGAAGAAGAACAGGAAGAGGAAAUGGCAAGUAGAAAGCAAAGGCAAGCAGGGCCCUCCCACAAAGAAGGCCAAAGGCAGCGCUGGCACAGAGACUCAGGGGGAGCCGGGUAAAGUCAAGUGGAAAAAGAAAGCCAGCAGGAUGCCGGCCCCGUUGGCCUGAGGGACUCCAUGGACUAGCUCCGCACUGGCAAGGCCAGCAGCAGCUUCGCAGGUGUUUUAAUAACUUUUACAGAGAGCGUGUUUUUGCACUAUGCUGUAGUGUGAAUAAACCACCCACAUGCUGACCACGGCACUACUUGUGCAAGUCGUGCAGGGAGUCCCUGCAUGUGGGAUGUUGCUCUUGGCCUUGCUCCAGGCCUGGGCAGAUCUGCCAGGCAGGGCCUUGUCAUCCUGCCUCUGCCCACUGCUCUCCUGACCUUGCUGCAGUGUCUCUGCGCCCCUGGGGACAUUCCCCUUCCUCUGUGAGGUACAGUUCUCUCUGGCAGGAGACUGUCCUGAUGGCACAUGUGCUGCGCUGCUGCUUGGGUCUACUUGUGGGAGCCAAGAGGGUGAGUAUAAGGGGCAGGGGGUCAGCUGCUUGGCCAUUUGGUCACUGCUGGGGUUGUGGGGUCAGAUCCUGCAGUCAGCCAGAACAAAAACACUUUGUUUAGUCCUUGGCCUCGCUCGCUGCCCUCACAGCUGAGAACUGGAUGAGCUCAGGUUUCCUCUCAGACCUUCAAAGCAGGUCUGUGAGCUGGGCUUGGACUCCUUGGUGGUGGACACAAGGACCUGGGGCUCCUGCACACAUACGCGGAGCUGGAAUCCGGUGUCUUGGAGCAGACUUGAUUAAUUGAAACCACGGGCUGCUAGGGGCCAACCCAUUCCCAGCACAAAGGGGCUGCAGAUUAAUCGUGUCUGCCGGAGCAUAGAAAUUGAUGCGCUCUGGCAGCUUUCUGUGUCGUGUAUCAGUGGUGCAGCGCGUCUCUGUGCUGAAAAAAUGGUGUCAGGGUGCUUUGAAAUAAAACACAUUCAAUGAGCUCUAGUUCAAAGUGCCCCAUCACCGUUUUUUCAGUGCGGAGACAUGUUGCGCCAUUGAUGCACGUGAUGCACGGGCACUUUUAUUUAGUGUGGCUCGCUAAUAUUAAAGCGCCUGGCUCCGCAUCCCACAGCAUAUGCAAAAAUGCCCUUGGUUUCCACCCCUUAAUUCUUGGUGGGGCGCGGGGGCUGGCCUGGGGCUAGACUCGCACCAGGGAAGGUGGAUCUGGGGGUGACACCAGUGCUCAGUGCAGCUCAUCGGGGCCAUCCCCCAGGCCACCUGAGCUGCUUCCUUCACUGCAGCCCCUUUGUGCUGGGAAUGGGCUGGCCCCCUAGCAGCCAAGUCCAGUCCAGCCCAGUCAAACCUGUAGGCUGUGGCUGCAUAGCCAGCACUGCCCUGGACUUCCUGGAGAUCCCACCUAGUGAGGUGGUACUGUACAGGUCUCUCCAGGUGCAGAAGCUUUGGUAGGCAGUGGGGUUUCUGAAUGGCUUUUCAGCUGCCAGGGUCACUUGGGCAUCCCCAAUUCCCAGGCACCUGACAAUGCCUCCAAGUGGGGGAGAAAAGCCAUGGCUCACUGGAACUACAAGGGGCUCUCAUGUCUGCAAAGGUGCGAUGCACAAACUGCCCUGGAGCUUGGCGGCUUGCUGCAAAGGUGGAUGCAGCACGCCACUCGCCUCCAUCUCCUGGGCUCUGGCUCUGAGCUGUGACUGUGGAAGUCAUUGGCAGGGAUCGCCAGUGAGAGCAGCUGGGAUGGGAGAGCUCUGGGAGAUAGGCAGCAUCGAUGAGCAGAUCACUGCUGUACCCUGCUUCCUUCCCUUUUACUGUAGUUCUCUGGUGCUUGUGUCCCUUCAUCUCAUGGUGUGCUAGGAAACAGUGCAGAUGCUAGCAACUGAUCUAUAAGGAGACGGGAAGGAUUUUUUUUCACCCUCUACCCACUGGAGGGGGUCUUUGGAGGAGUUGGCUGGUGCCCUGCUCAGCUAUGGAAGGGCAGAGGCUGUCAUCCAGUGGAGAACUGCCCGGUGCAGCGGUGGAGCUGGAAGGGACCUCGCAGGUGCAGUACCAGCCAUUCCUGAGCCAUCCGAGGCAAAUGUCCAGCUUCUUCUUGGAUCCUUCUAAUGAAGGCGACUCUACUCGCAUGCCGUGAGUCCCCAUCUUCCUGCAGCUUCUUGGCAUCAGUUCCUAACCUCAGCAAAGAGCCCAGCUGUGGACACCGGAGCAUGCCCUCCCCAUGAAGCACGGCAGCCCAGGGUUAGUGCAGUAUGCGGAGGGAACCCCAGCCAGGCAUGUGAAAGGUGCCUUGGGUACCACACACUGGGAAGGGAUCUCUGGAUCAAGAGGAGGCUGCUGCUGUUUGAGCAGCAAGAGGCUUUUAGACACCCAGGUCUGGGCUCAGCCUCUUCUGCUGAAGCGAAGGGUGUAAUACAGCUGUACUUGCAUAGCUGCUCCUGUGCUGUGCUCAUGCUCCUACUUACAACCUCCCUGGCUCCCUCCUUUGCCACAUGUGGUCCUGAGGGCUCUUCUGGCCAUGGAAAUUGUGGCUAUUUAGGGCCUGACUCAUCCACUUGGGCUUUUGUGUCCAUGCUCCUGGUUUAAUGAUUUCAAAGGCAGGCCCCUUGUUUAAGGACCAGUAACAGCUGUGACGGGGCAGCUAGGCAUCGCUCCCAUUCCAGCUGCAAACCUCCCAGAAUGAGGUGCCAGCAGGAGUCUGCUCCCAUGGCCGAACAAGAUGCCUCUAUGUGGGCUUCCAAGCAGGGUGCUGGCAUGGAGGCAGCGAUCUACUACAGGUGAUGGGGCGCUCCAGCUUUUCUAAGAGGUGAGAGGCCCUUUGUAAAGCCCCUCACAGCAGCUCCUCUCCUCCCCUGCCACAUGUCCUCAAGCUGCGGCACAAGUCGUGUUAAGCAUUGUGCGCCUGAGCUGCUUUCCCCGAGCCUUGCCCCUCGUGCAUUAGGCAGCUAAAAAGUGCAGGAGACCAGCAUGUCUGCAGGCCGAGCGGGAGCGAGGUGCCCGGUACGGUGACACGAGGCACUCUGAAACGGUUGUGGUCACCAGUGGCUUGUUCCCACCUCUGUAGGGCUGCAGCAGUCUGGGUGCUGGAGUUUGCUGUCAGCCUCUCUCCUCCCAGAAGCAAAGAGGUGGGAAAUAGGGCGCAGGCAGUGGGUGCCUGGCAGCCAGGUGAGUGCAGGGGGAGGAGAGCACAUGGUUUGGGGGCUGGCUGUGGCUGGGCCGUUUCCUUGCCCCCACCUGCUCCAAAGGCUGCUGGUGGCUUGGACUCUACCCUGCAGGUCAGGGCUGGCUGGCAGCUGCAGCAAGAUGCAGCAGCAUUGCAGCGGCCCCUGCUUGGCAUUCAUUCGGCCUUGGUAGUGAGGCCCCUGCAGCAGGACCAGGCCCACAGUGUGCCACGGUUCUUCGUCUGAGUGUAUCCUGCUUCCCCAUGGGCUCGAUCCAGAGGGUUGCUAGGCAGAGCAACCCCACCCAGAUCUGGGUAAGGGCUGCUGGCUUUCCAGCCCCAUUCAGGGAUGGGCCCUACUUGCAUAUGAGCUUCGUGGGUGCUUACUGAGGGCCCGCCACGUGCCUCAGUGGCUCACUGAGUCUGAAGCCUGAGUCUCAACAGACCUACAGGACCACUAGGUCUCUGAGAGGGAUGGAAGGGUUUCUAGGUGACGCGCUGUGUCUCAGCAGACCACAAAACGAAAACACGGGGGCAAAAUCUGCCUUCAGUUGCCUUGGAUCAUGGUGGCUUCACCACUUAGAUACCAGAGGGACCGUGGCUGGCGGCAGAGCCCUGGCUGCUGGGAGUGGAGGCUUCUAGCUGCUACUGCAGUGCAAGUGAUUGACUGGCUGACAGCGAGUCUGGAGCAAGGCCAGAGUCAUUCUGGAUAUACCCAGAUAUAGCCAAGGACUUGCUUCUUUGUUUCACGGCAUGCGACAUCUGUCCCACUAAGGAAUAUCCCCAUGAAGGGAGAACCACCUGAGCUGCCAUCUGUCCCCCGUCCUUCGGACACGUUGCCCUGCUUGUGGCCGUUCCUAGGCACUGGCUUCUAAGAUAGAAGCAGAAGAGCUCUCGCCUUCCCCUGGUCGAGGAGGAUGCUGUGCUGUGGGGAUGCUAAUGUGGUGUUUAGUCUUGGAGAUUGUGUUGGGGGGGAAGGGCAGCAAAUCCUCCAGGCAUUGCACAAGUCAUUGUGUGGGGAUAACAACUCUAUUGCCAAUUAAAUUACCUGAUUGAGUCUGGCUUUGAUG